AUUUAAUUUGGGGGUUUUUGAAGAUGUAUUUCGAUUUUACAGGGUAUAAGUGCUCAUUAUUAACAUGGGAAAAUUAUUUUCCAAAAUUUUAAGAAGGUUCAAGGUAGGUGAAAAAUUCAUCCAAGAGAAAAAUAAUUAAGAAAAAUGGUCGUUUUUUAAGGGAGUAAUUCUAGAAAUUUUUAAUGGGGGUUAAAGUACUUUUGGAGUGAGGUUUGAGGAGAGGACUUUGAGUAGAGGGUGUCUGGGUAGAUAAGAAGGAGGCUUUUAAAUAGAGAAAGGUUGUCUUAGAGUACAAAUUUCUUAUUAAUAGGUUUCCGGGGAUAAUCCGGCUAAGGAGGGAAAGAAGGCGAGAAAGUUAGCAACCGAUCGAACUUCGUAGUCUCGCGUGAUGAAGAGGUUCGCACCGAUUAGUAGGAGGGGAAGAGUCGCGUCUAUUAGAGGCGGAAGGAAGGCCGAGAACUCGACAUUGGUGAUCGCAACUGGCGGGGGUAAAGUGAUGGAGAGGCCCCGACCCUAUCCUCCUAGACGACCCAGGGUGUCGGCAGUUCAAAGUUGGCCGCCGAAUUGUGGCCCGAUGAGGGACCUUGAAGAGAAUGGCGGCGGAGCUCCAAUGGUUAGGGUCGUUGAAGAGGAGGACGAUGAACCGAUAGAGGAGGAGCCAAAAGAGGAAAAACGCCCGGGCCUUGAGCUCGAGAAUGCAGAUGUUGAUGCAACUAAAGAGGUGAGUGUAAAGGGGGUAAAAUCUCUGUCGAGAUCUUUUUAGUUUAUGCUUUUUGUUCGAGUUAUUAUUAAUUAGUUAAUUUUCGAGUAAUGCGCGAUAUGUGUGUGAGGCAUCCCACCGCCUGUAAGGGUGGAGGCACGCGUUGUGCUAUGUAUGAAUGUAUGAUGGUAAUAGUUGGUCAAUGGUAAGAGGAACCCCGGGCGGUUGGGCCACUACUAGACGCGGUAGAUGGUGGAUCACUAUUGGACGGCGAGACGUAACGCAGCAGUCGAUCGAGUAUGUUGGGUCACUACUGGACGGCGAGACGUAACGCAGUAGUUGGCGGGCAUGGACUGGACGGCGAGACAUAACGCAGUGCCAUUGUCGAGUUGGGUAUGCAACCGGACGACGAGACGUAACGCGGUUGGCAUACUAGGGUAGGACACCGGACGGCGAGACGUAACGCGGUGGUCCUAGUGUUUGGUGUUUGAGUUAAGGAUAAAGGUUGAGAACCUCU